AUCAGUUUUUCUAGAGAUAGCAGGUGCGCAAAUUGACGUUUUAGCGAAAAACGUUAAAAAUAAGUCACGUAUUGGUAAAGAUAAAAAAAAAUAAUUCGCGGCUAUGAUGCAUUAUAAAAAUAUUGUUUACUUUUUAAUACUGUUUGAAUCAUUUUCUUAUGUAUUUUGUGUUGAAAAUUAUCAGGAUAAUAUUUUUUUUUUUUUGAUGAGGCGAUCUUUUCAUCCCAAUGUGCAGGAAGUAAGUGUUAGUAAAUAUUACAAUACUUUGGCAUGGUCCGAUUUUGAUCCGAAUAAACCAACGAAAGUAAUAAUCCACGGUUUCAAAUCGGCACCAUGGAAAUCUGAUUUCAUAGCAAUGAAAGAUCGAUAUUUAAGUGUUGGUGAUUAUAAUGUUUUCUUCGUGGAUUGGGAAUUACUUGCUGAUCGUUUUUAUCCAACGGCGGUAUCCAAUGCUAGAGCAGUUGGGGUAUUUUUGGCGAGAUUUAUUGUCCUUCUGAAGCUAGAGGGCGCGGAAGAUAUUCAUCUAAUUGGACACAGUCUAGGCGCUCAUGUAGCAGCAGUUGCUGCCAAUUACUUGUACUAUUAUAGAGUUUCAAGAAUAACGGGAUUGGAUCCAGCUGGGCCAUUAUUUUAUACAGUGGGAGAAGAUGCAGCAUUGGAUGCUGGAGACGCUGAUUUUGUCGACGUCUAUCAUACUAACGCAAAGAUUGCAGGCAAGUUUAUUACUUGUGGACACGUUGAUUUCUACUUCAAUGGCGGACAAAGCCAACCUGGAUGUGGCAAUUUGGAUUACGCUUGCUAUCAUAACAGAGCCGUCUAUUACUUCAGUGAAUCUAUAAUUUCGACUGAAGGUUUUUGGGCCCACCCAUGCGAUCUAAAUGACCUCCGCAACUACAGAUCCGGAAAUUGUUCAUCUAGCCAACCAAUAAUUCUUGCCGGGGAAUAUGUUGAUAAAAGUUCAACUGGUUCUUAUAGUGUUGUUACUAAUGCCCAAAGUCCUUUUGCAAAGGGACAUCACUGGUGAUGUAAAAAUUUCCUUGUAUUUUAAUAUUACAUGUAAAAUUAUGUAAUUAAAAAUUAUUUAAAUAAACAGAUCUGUAAACGAAUAAUAAUUAUACCCUGUCCAAAAUAAGUCAUGUGGGAGUCCCCAUGCAGGAGCUGCCAAAGAUGAACAACGGGGCCCUCCUUGGCCCAGCACUGGGGAGCCUAGCUUUGGUUCACCUCUAUUGGCCCAUGCUUGGCUCAAGAUUGGGUACUCAGUCCUGGCCAUCCAAUGGCAAGCCAGACUUGGACCAAUACUGGGUGACCUAUCCUUGGCCAUUACAAUGACUACUCGGGCUUGGGCCAGGACUGGGUAACCUAGCCUAGGCCGUUACAACGAUUACCCUGAUUACCAUACUAACAUUAUUAUAAAUAUAUUGGAGUUUUAAAGAACAAAUCUUGAAUAAAUUGCUAAAGGUUACCGCAAAACACUGAAUCUCUUAGGUCAGUGGGUAGCGAGUCAAACUUUCAAGCGUAAGGUCCACGGUUCAAAUCCUGCACAUGCCCGAAUUUUUUAUUUUUUUUUUAUUUUUAUGGAAAUAAUUAUAUAUAAUUGAAUAUAGUUAUACAUGAUUAUAUAUAAUUAUAUAGGGCCAUUUUUCAUAUUUAAUUUUUUUUACCCGGAUGGGCAUGAACAGACCUGAACAUGCCUGGUCAGGCCUGGUCAGGCAUGGUAAUUUUUCAUGUCUGAUCAGGCCUGAAGACUCAUGCCUGUUCAUGUCUGAUCAGGUCUGAUCAUUUUUUCCCGGGAUUAUACAACAAUAUCAAUGAAGAUCUAUUUUGACUUAUGCAGAUCGACAAAUAAUAAAGAUCAAUUUUUAUUAUCAGGGCCACGGAGAUUACCGAAGAUCUCCGACGAUUUUUGU